AGCAGUACUCUACCUAGAUCAUUGACGGACAGUCUGUUCUCCGAGUCAGUGGCCGCGAAGCUGUGGUAUGUGGCGAGUCAGGCUUUGGGAAAGGCAAAACCACCCACCUUCUACCCAGAAUAUACCGGUCGAGAUGGUGGGAGGUAUGUUUAUCGAGAUCUGAGUUUCUGGACUUCGGGAUUCUUCCCCGGAUCUCUGUACCUGCUACUCGAGCGGCAAAUAAAAUACGACCACCGCCAUGACGGCGGGAGAACCCCCGGUCCCCACCAUCUGCAACUCGAACAUCUGUGCCAAUGGUGGACUACCAAUCUGCACCAAAACGCCCUGCUGAGCACGACGCAUGAUCUGGGGUUCAUGAUUGCCCCGUGGGCAAUCAAGGCCUGGGAGCUUCAGCACGACGCGCGCGCCUUCAGUACUCUCGUUCUCGCCGCCCACACGGUGGCGCGGCGGUUCUGUCCCCGAGUCCAGGCGAUCCGGAGCUGGGACACGUGCAUCACCAAACGUUAUGCCUUCGAGAAUCCGUCGGAGGACUUUCUAGUCAUCAUCGACAACAUGCUCAACCUGGAUAUGCUCUUCUGGGUUGCGAAAGCGACAAACGACCACCGUCUAUUCGACAUCGCGGUCGCUCAUGCCCGCACCACCCAACAGCAUCACAUCCGGCCCGAUAAUUCCUCCUACCAUGUGGUAAACUUCGACGAUAUGGCCGCACAGCCAAAACAGAAAUUCACCAACCAAGGAUUCAAUGACGAGAGCUGCUGGUCUCGCGGCCAAGCAUGGGGGAUCCUGGGAUUUGCGCAGACCUUUUUCUGGACACGGGAUCCAUCCUUCUUGGCGACGGCGCAGGCGCUCGCGGAUUAUUUCAUCGAGCAUCUGCCGCCCGACGGGGUUCCGUACUGGGACUUUCAUGCUCCCGUCACGGCUGAAACGCCCUGGGAUACUUCGGCCGCCAUGAUCGCCUCGUGCGGUAUGCUCUUACUCUACAAAGCUUUCCGGAUACAGGGCAAGGAGGAAGUUGCGGAUCGUUACUUAGGAGCUGUCAAGCAGAUUGUCCAAGGCACGCUCGCCUUGUGCCUGAACCCCCCGACGUUUCGCUUUGCCGUCUCACUCUCGGAAAAGCAGCUUGAGACGUAUGAGGAUGGAGCGCCAUCCGGGCACCAGCCAAAGCAAGAAUCUGGCUUCUUGGUGGUUGAUGACGGGACAGAGACGGGGGAGGCCCAUCAUCCGCCGAAAGAGACGAUUCUUGACGGUGCGACAAUCAACAACUAUGAGUUUGCGCCGCGACGAUGGGCAAAUCACGGAUUGGUCUAUGCGGACUACUACUUCAUGCUUUUGGGAAAUAUGUUACUGGAACUGGACUUGGUCAAGCCUGGGUCUUAG